AUGAGAUACCUACCAAUUCUGAGCAUCAAGUUCUUCAAAUAUAUUGGUGGUGUUGUUAGUGUGCGACUUAUUCUAAACCGCCAGGGUAAGCAUUUGGGUUAUGCCUUUGUUGAGUUUGUUUCUCCUGAACGAGCUAAUUUGGCGCUGAAAAAUAAGAAUGGUGAAUACUUGCACGAUCAUGAGAUUUUGUUGAUGAAAAGACUUGAGGACACUCCCCAUUUUGCUGAGACUAUCUUCAGCGAGAAAGUCUUGUGCUACAAGAAAAUGCAUCAGUGGAAGGACUUGAUGAAACUCCAGACUAUGUUGAGCAUCAGUUUCUUCAAAGAUGUUGGAGAAAUUGCUAGUGUAAGACUUAUUGUAGACCGCUGGGGCAUAUCUGCGGGUUGUUGCUGUGUUGAGUUUGCUACUGUUACCGAAGCAAAGAAGGUUAUGCGAAUUUACAAGCAUGUUAAAGGGAUUUAUGUCAAGAUGCCUGAGAUAGCUUCAUACCCUUUCCGACCCAAGCUGAUAAUUGUCCUUUGA